AUGACAAGUGCUCGUGACAACAAAAGCAAUAAUAUUGCGAUACUAGUUUCUGGCGACAAUUAUGCAGACGUAGAACUUCAAAAAGAGCUUAAAUUGGAAGAUGUUACACCAAAACUAACAAAAUGGUUUUUUCAAUACCCACAUUUGUUAAAGUUAAAUAUAUUUUUAGGGUGUGCUUUAUUCGGUAUGGUUACUCAAGGAUAUGAUGGUACCUUGAUGGGUAAUUUACAAACAAUUCCCACUUGGAACAGUUAUUUUGAUGAUCCUUCUGGUGAAAGAUUGAGUACUUUGUCAAACGGUGUAAUAUUUGGGACAAUUGCUAUGACGCCAUUCUUGGUUAUAGCUGGUGAUCGUAUUAGAAGAAAACAUAUGCUUCUUAUUGGCAUUAUUUUCUCAAUUGUUGGGGCCGGAUUACAGGCUGGUUCAAUUAACUAUGGUAUGUUUCUUGCAUCCCGUGUGGUGUUAGGUCUUGGUGCUGGUGCAACGCAAGUUUCGUCUGCACCAUUGCUUGCGGAAACAGCCUACCCUUCUCAAAGGCCAGCUAUAACAAGUAUGAUGCAAGCGAGUUAUCCUACUGGAGCAUUUUUGGCAGCGCUUUUUGUAUAUGCUGGUUUUGUAUCAGAUUUGAAGUAUAAUGAUUGGUCCUGGCGCAUGCCUUCAGUUUUGCAGGCGGCUUGUCCAUUGAUUCAACUAGUUUUGGUAUAUUUUUGUCCAGAAUCACCAAGAUGGCUUAUAGCGCACAACAGAGAGGACGAAGCGUACGAAAUCUUAACCAAGUAUCAUGCUGGAGGAGAUAGGAAUAGUGAGCUAGUCAAAUUUGAAAUGGCAGAAAUUAAAGCCGCAAUUGCCAAAGAGCAGAGUGGAAAGAAGGUUUCCUGGCUUACAUGGUUUAAAACAAAAGCAAAUUUUCAUAGAUUAUUUAUCACAAUUGCGUUACCGACUAUUAUACAAUUGUGCGGAUCUUCACUCGUAUCAUACUAUUUUUCAAUCGUUCUUGAAAAUAUAGGGUAUACGGAACCGGUUGAAAAGUUGAAAAUCAAUAUUGGGUAUACUGUUUUUGGUGGUGUCUUUGGAGUAGUUGCUGCAUUGUAUUCUGGUAAUAUAAAACGGAGAGUUUUGAUGUUAGGAAGUCUUGGGUUAAUGUUGAUAACAUUUAUCAUUUGGACUAUAUUGUCGGCUAUAAAUGAGCAAACCAAUCGUGAGAAUGAAUCAUUAGGUAGAGGUAUUGUGGCAGUAAUGUAUUUCCAUUCAGGAUUUUAUCAUAUGUUGUCUCCAAUUGGUAAUACAUACGUAAUGGAGGUUGUUCCUUAUACCUUGAGAGGCAAAGCGGCAAUUGUGUAUUCAUUAAGUAUGCAGGUAUGGGUUUUGUUUAACAAUUACGUUAACAACCUUGGGAUGGAUUCCAUUUCAUGGAGAUACUAUAUUGUAUUUUGUGUUUGGUUAUUUUUGCACAUGGUCGUUAUCUUCAUCUUUUUCCCUGAGACGAAGGGUUUGGGAUUGGAAGAAAUUGCCCAGAUAUUUGGGGAAGAUAUUUCUGAUGUCACAAUGGUGGCUGACAACGCAAUUAUUGAACCUGGAGAAUAUGAAUUAAAAAGUAAAGUAGAUUAUAUCGAAAAUAUAGAGGAUAUUGCCUCACAGAAGUCAGGUAAUAGACAACAGUAG